AUGAAUAUUUGUCAGACAAACAAAAUAGUUGCUAUAAAACAAAUAACUCUUGUAGAAGAUAUAAAUGUUCAAUUACGUAUUUUUCGAGAAAUUCAAAGUCUUCGUUUAUGUAAUCACAAAAAUAUAAUUAAAUUAUUUGAUAUAAUUUUUAAUAAAAGAAAUGAUGAAUUAAUUAAUAUUUCUUUAAUUUUUGAAUUUAUUGAAUCAAAUUUAAAAUUAGUAAUUCAAGAUGUUAAAAGGCCUUUUUGUGAAUUAAUACCUAAUUUUUAUUUUAAACAAAUAAUUUAUGGAAUUAUUUAUUUACAUAAUUUAAAUAUUAUGCAUAGAGAUUUAAAACCUGAAAAUAUUUUAAUAACAUCCAAUAAUCAAACAAAAAUAGCCGAUUUUGGAUUAGCUUGUAUUUAUUUACCUAAUGAUGUUAAUAAAGAUUAUGAACAUCAGGUACAUUUAAAGCCAAUUUCUUCUUUAAUCUCUUAG